GGCGGCCGGGCCCGCGGGGGGCUUUGGAAGGACCGGCUCCGCGCUAGCCCCCUCGCGGGGCGGCGCCCACCAUGCGGGGCUGCCCGCGGCUCGCGCUGCUCUGCGCGCUGCCCUGGCUCCUGCGGGCGGCGGCUCCGGGGCGCCCCGCGCAACCCCGCGACCCCCGCGACCCCGCCAGGGGCGCAGAUUUCAAUCGCGUCUACAGCGGGGUGGUGAGCCUCAGCACGGAGAACAUCUACUCCUUCAACUACACCAGCCAGCCCGGCCAGGUCAUCGCCGUGCGGGUGUAUGUGAACAGCUCCUCGGAGAACCUCGAUUACCCAGUCCUCGUUGUGGUUCGCCAACAGAAAGAGGUGCUGUCCUGGCAGGUUCCUCUGCUCUUCCAAGGACUGUAUCAGAGGAGAUACAACUACCAGGAAGUGAGCCGCACCUUAUGUCCCUCAGAAGCCACCAACGAAACAGGACCGCUGGAGCAGCUGAUGUUUGUAGACGUAGCCUCCAUGGCACCCCUGGGUGCCCACUACAAACUGCUGGUUACCGAGAUCAAGCACUUCCAGCUGCAGACGAAUGUUGCCUUUCACUUCACCGCCAGCCCCUCUCAACCUCAGUAUUUUCUAUACAAAUUCCCUGAAGAUGUGGACUCAGUUAUCAUUAAAGUCGAGUCUGAAAUGGCUUAUCCAUGUUCUGUUGUCUCAGUCCAGAAUGUCAUGUGCCCAGUGUAUGAUCUCGAUGACAAUGUGGAGUUUAAUGGUGUCUAUCAGUCCAUGACCAAGAAAGCUGCCAUCACACUACAGAAAAAGGAUUUUCCAGGAGAGCAGUUCUUCGUAGUAUUUGUGAUAAAGCCUGAAGAUUAUGCCUGUGGAGGAUCUUUCUUCAUCCAGGAAAAGGAGAACCAGACCUGGAAUCUACAGCGAACAAAGAACAUUAAAGUGACCAUCGUUCCAUCCGUUAAAAAAUCCGUGUAUGUGAGAGUCAGUGUUCUCACUUUCUUCACCUUCUUCGCCUUCUAUGUGGGAUACCUGGUUUUCGCAUGUGUUCAUUAUAUCAGGUUUCACAGAAAAUCCAUCGGUAAAGGCUUUGGCUCCAGUGAUGGCUCUGGAAAUAUGGCGGUGUCACAUCCCAUUGCUGCCAGCACCCCUGAAGGGAGCAAUUAUGGGGCAAUAGAUGACUCAAGCUCCAGUCCUGGCAGGCAGAUGUCCUCCUCUGACGGGGGACAUACCUACCAGUCAGAUACGGACAGCUCCGUCGAGGAGACUGACUUCGACACCAUGCCGGAUAUUGAGAGUGAUAAGAACAUCAUCCGGACCAAGAUGUUCCUUUACCUGUCAGAUCUGUCCAGGAAGGAUCGAAGAAUUAUCAGCAAAAAGUAUAAGAUUUAUUUUUGGAACAUCAUCACUAUUGCUGUGUUUUAUGUACUGCCUGUGAUCCAGCUGGUCAUCACCUACCAGACAGUAGUCCACGUCACUGGCAACCAGGACAUCUGCUACUACAACUUCCUCUGUGCUCACCCCCUGGGCAGCCUGAGUGCCUUCAACAACAUCCUCAGUAACCUGGGCCACGUGCUCCUGGGCUUCCUCUUCCUGCUGAUAGUCUUGCACCGGGAUAUUCUCCAUCGAAGAGCCCUGGAAGCCAAGGACAUCUUCGCCAUGGAGUAUGGGAUCCCCAAACACUUUGGUCUCUUCUAUGCUAUGGGCAUCGCGCUGAUGAUGGAAGGAGUGCUCAGUGCUUGUUACCACGUCUGCCCUAAUUACUCCAACUUCCAAUUCGACACCUCUUUCAUGUACAUGAUUGCUGGCCUCUGCAUGCUGAAGCUCUACCAGACCCGCCACCCAGACAUCAAUGCCAGUGCUUAUGCUGCCUAUGCCUCCUUUGCCGGGGUCAUCACUGUCACCGUCCUCGGAGUGGUGUGUGGAAAAAAUGAAACGUGGUUCUGGGUCAUCUUCUCUGCAAUCCAUAUCCUGGCUUCUCUGGCCCUCAGCACUCAGAUCUACUACAUGGGUCGCUUCAAGAUAGCAGAUUUGGGAAUCUUCCGGCGCGCCCUUACGGUGGUCUACACGGACUGCUUCCAGCAGUGCAGCCGGCCUCUGUACACGGACAGAAUGGUGUUGCUCAUCAUGGGGAAUCUGGUUAACUGGUUCUUUGCCUUCUUUGGACUCAUCUAUCGACCCAGGGACUUCGCCUCCUACAUGCUGGGCAUCUUCAUCUGUAACCUGCUGCUCUACCUGGCCUUUUAUAUCAUCAUGAAGCUGCGCAGCAACGAGAGGGUCCUCCCCAUUCCAUCUGUCUGCAUCGUCGCCACCGCUGUGGUGUGGGCCGCUGCCCUGUAUUUCUUUUUCCAGAAUCUCAGCAGCUGGGAGGGAACCCCAGCCGAAUCCCGGGAGAAGAACCGGCGGUGUAUCCUGUUCGAUUUCUUUGAUGACCAUGACAUCUGGCACUUCCUCUCUGCUACUGCCCUGUUUUUCUCAUUCUUGGUUUUGUUAACCCUGGAUGAUGAUCUGGAUAUGGUUCAGAGAGACAAGAUCCGUGUCUUCUGAGCCUUCCAGCAUUAAGAGGGGGAGAUGGAGCGAUCGAUCUUGGUGCUGUUUCCUGAAAAUACAGGCACUGCAGCAAAGUAACCACUGCCAAAUGCUCCACCCGCCUCUGUGGAGUCAGCUCUGGAUGCAUUGACACAGAGAGGAGAGAGGCAUGGGGAGAUUCAAACCUGCAAGAAGUGGGGCCACGGCUGUGACAGAGGCGAGGCCUAAGGGUCGAGAGACACCAUCCCAUUCCUUUGCAACUCUAAGCUAGACAUGGACAAAAGCUGCAUCAGAGUCAGCUUGCUCUCUUGAGACCCCUCCCACCCUCAUGGAGAUUUGCCAGCAAUGGCAGGACGAUGCUGCCGUCUUCCUUCCAGCUGCCUCCAUGCCUGGAAAGGCCAGCAGCUCGGAUUCCCCCUCCCUCCUCUAGAAACUUCGGGUUGGCCCCCUUUGCACCUCUGUAACGUCCGAUACUCUGGGCAUCCCAACACCAGCUCUCUUCUCCAAGGUCCUGGGCUGACGGGAUUCCUUGGAGUCUGGUAGAGGGGUGGACCCAAGGUCCUUCCAAACUGGGACAGAUGUUCCAAUAGCACCAGCUAGUCGCCUCCUCAGAAGGAAUGCCGUAGGUUUCCCCCAGGUUCCUGACCCCAUUCGAAGGACUCACGCUGGGCUGUGUCACACUGUCCUCCUCACGGGUGACCAUCUCUGGGACCAAGUCUUGGUGCUUACCUCCUCCUUAGUGUCUUCAUCUCACUGCUGUGUGUUGACCCAUAACUCAGGCUCUGCCUUCUCAGGAAGGCCCUGUCACUCCACAGCCCAGCUCCAAGGUGGAAGGGGAAACGGGGACACUCUCCCAGCAGCAGGAGGAGCCAGAGAAAUGACCGGCAGCACUAAGAGACUGGCAAUAGCAGCACCAAGCAAACAGGCCUACCCUAAGGAUGUGGGCACACAGAGCUAAAUGAGCGAAGGCGAAAGUGCUUCCUCACGCCUCCAGUUUCCAGAGCUCAGUUCUGUGCCCACCUCACCUCUGGCAAAGAAAUAGGUGUUCUAACCAGGGGCACUGCAUGAGGGGUCCUCUACCACCCACCAGGCCCCUUCUCUGUCACCCUAUGCAGAUCAGAGGCUCCGGACUUUCUCCCUGAAGUUCUUUAAAAGUACCUCUCAGGGUGGACACAUUCUACUCCUCCUCUCUAGCUGCAAAGAACCCAGCCGAUUUAGGACUGUCUCCUGGUUGCACCUGACUCCCGUCGUCUCCCCAGAAAGGUGUUGAAAAGCUCCCACUUCACUCCCACUGUCUGGCAGCUCUGCCCCCAAGAAGUCCCAUUCUGACCACACUCCCUUGUUACCUGGAGUAUGAUGUCAUCAGAAAAUAUACACAAAUGUGCAAACAUGUAUGUUUGCCUGUGAAAUUGAUCCACCUCUCCCCUCUGCUUUCCUGACCAUUCAUUAGAGAAAUGGAUCAGGCAUUCCGUUUUUUAAAAAUUUAUUAUUCUGUCUCUAAAAUUCUUGUGUAAUAUUCAAAAGAACAUUUUGGACGUUCAAACAGCAAACUUUCCCUGAUUUUAAAAACACAAAGAUGCUUUUAAUGAACUAUUUUGUGACUUUUUUUCUAAA